AUGGUGAGAGGUCUCCUGGACGAGCUGCGCCAUAAUAUAGCAGCAGAUAUUGGCCAGUUCCGGGAAGAAAUCAGGCAAGGUUACAACACAGAGCUGAACACCGCUGACCACGAGACCCGCAUAAAAUCUCUGGAAAACCAGCUUCUGACCCUACAGCACACCCAGACACAGGCCCAAGAUCGCCUGGAGUCCUUGGAGGACAAAAGGCACUUGAAAAACAUCAAAAUACGCUGCCUACCUGACAACCUUGAGCCUACUGAAUUCCCACACUUGUUCCGCAGACUGCUCACUGUCCUAUUCUCAGCAAAACGAGCCAAGUUGAUGCCUCUGGAUGGGUGGUACAAAAUCCCCAAACCAGCUACAGGAACACAAAGAGCAAGCAGGGACAUUAAAGUUCGCUUUCAACAAAGCCAGGAUCGCCUAGUCUUCAUGGCAGCAACCCGUAACAGGUCACCCUUUAACUUUGAGGAACACUCAUUAACGUUCUUUCCUGACCUAACCAGAGCCACACUGGAAUGGAGACGCUCACUGCGACCCUUAACCACAGAACUCUUGGCCCACAAGAUGCCGUGGAGCCUAAUUAUACCCAGAGACUCUGGCGACUUAAAAAAUCACAGCUGCAGCUGA